AUGGGUGACGAGUGGGGUGGAAAUAGUUAUAGAGAAGAUAGACGAGGUGGUGGUGGUGGAAAUAACUACAGAGAAGAUCGGCGAGGUGAUGGCGGCGGUGGUGGAUAUGGCGGUGGUGGCUAUGGCGGCGGAGGCGGAAGGAGAGACGAUAGAAACUCAAAUUCAGGCGGCCAAAAUUGGAGAGAUGACAAAUUCGAAACUAUGUACGUGCCGUCAAUGAAAGUUGGAAAAAUUAUUGGACGCGGCGGUUCAAAAAUCAAUGAACUCCAAGGUGAAUCAGGGGCAAGGAUACAAGUCACUAAAGAUGUCGAAGGCGAUGAUACCAUAGUAAAACUGUUUGGAAGUGAUUCUUGUGUAGCUAGAGCAAAAGAAUUAAUAAAUGAUUUGGUUACAGAACCCGACAGACGCUAUUAA